AAGAAGCAGCAGCAGCACCAAAAGUCGGAUUUUUCUACUCGUAUCUCUCUGCUAUCCAUUUUCUUCUCCAUUAAAAUCGGAUUUUAGGUAAAGAAGCUUCUUAUUCUUCUCCUUUCUCUUCGAUUUUCUGUUCUGCUGCUGUAGAGAGAGAGAGAGAGAGAGAGAGAGAGAGAGAGAGAGAGAGAGAGAUGGGUGUUAGCAUAAACCCUUGUGAAACCUUUUCGAGUCGACUCACCGCAGCGAAAUCAUCCUCAAAACCCAAAGCCAAUGCCUUGAUUCGGCCAAAGCCACGGUCUUUACUCACUGCAACCACAGCCAGUCAGAAAGACGCUCUCUUUACAACCCUUCGGUCUCUUCGUACUCCUUUCGUCUGUCGCCGUUCUGUUAAUCGCCCUGCUCUUGUCCGUUGCGACCAUGGACGGAGCGGGGCUGAUUUUGACAAGGCACCUGGCAACGGGUCGUUGAAGGGCAAGAGGACUGAUCUGAAAAAGAUCAUGAUUCUUGGUGCGGGGCCCAUUGUCAUUGGCCAGGCCUGUGAGUUCGACUACUCAGGGACCCAGGCAUGCAAGGCUCUCAAAGAAGAGGGCUAUGAAGUCGUUCUGAUCAACUCCAACCCCGCCACCAUCAUGACCGACCCGGACUUGGCCCACCAGACCUACAUCGCCCCGAUGACCCCGGAGCUUGUCGAGCAGGUCCUUGAGAAGGAACGGCCGGACGCCCUCCUUCCCACCAUGGGAGGCCAGACCGCUCUUAACCUUGCGGUUGCACUGGCGGAGAGUGGAGCUCUGGAGAGGUACGGUGUUGAGCUGAUUGGGGCAAAGCUCAAUGCCAUCAGGAAAGCAGAGGACCGUGAUCUUUUCAAGCAGGCAAUGCAGAAUAUUGGGAUCAAGACGCCACCUUCCGGGAUUGGGACUACCAUGGAAGAGUGUCUCAAGAUUGCAAAUUCUAUCGGAGACUUCCCCUUAAUCAUACGACCUGCUUUUACAUUGGGUGGUACCGGAGGUGGGAUUGCUUAUAAUAGGGAGGAGUUCGAGUCAAUCUGUAAAUCGGGUCUCGCCGCUAGCUUGACUUCGCAGGUUUUGGUGGAGAAGUCCCUUUUGGGAUGGAAAGAGUAUGAGCUUGAGGUAAUGAGAGAUUUGGCAGACAAUGUUGUGAUUAUAUGUUCCAUUGAGAACAUUGACCCAAUGGGGGUCCACACGGGAGAUUCGAUCACAGUGGCUCCUGCUCAAACUCUGACGGACAAAGAGUAUCAGCGGCUUAGGGAUUAUUCAAUCGCGAUCAUAAGGGAAAUUGGAGUUGAAUGUGGAGGUUCGAAUGUUCAGUUCGCAGUCAACCCAGAAGAUGGAGAGGUCAUGGUGAUAGAGAUGAAUCCUAGAGUGUCUCGGUCAUCAGCAUUGGCAUCUAAGGCAACUGGUUUCCCUAUAGCUAAGAUGGCUGCGAAGUUAUCGGUCGGGUAUACGCUGGAUCAGAUCCCGAACGACAUCACAAAGAAGACGCCAGCUAGUUUUGAGCCGUCUAUCGAUUAUGUUGUGACAAAGAUUCCUCGAUUUGCAUUUGAGAAAUUCCCUGGUUCACAACCAAUAUUAACUACCCAGAUGAAGUCAGUGGGUGAGGCAAUGGCAUUGGGCCGAACAUUCCAAGAAUCCUUCCAAAAAGCACUUCGGUCAUUGGAAUGCGGCUUCUCUGGCUGGGGUUGUGCGCAGAUCAAGGAACUAGGCUGGGACUGGGAUCAGUUGAAAUACAGCCUUCGAGUCCCAAAUCCGGACCGCAUCAAUGCAGUAUAUGCUGUGAUGAAGAAAGGCAUGAAGGUGGAUGAGAUCCACGAACUGAGUUUCAUUGACAAAUGGUUUCUUUCUCAGCUAAAAGAGCUGGUGGAGGUUGAACAGUUUCUCUUGGCUCGGAGCUUGUCCCAACUGACAAAGGACGAUUUUUAUGAAGUAAAGAAGAGAGGCUUCAGUGAUAAGCAGAUUGCUUUUGCAACUUCAUCCACUGAGGGUGAAGUGCGUUUGAAGCGCUUGUCACUAGGUGUAGUUCCGGCAUUUAAGAGGGUUGAUACUUGUGCUGCUGAGUUCGAAGCAAACACUCCAUACAUGUACUCAUCGUAUGAUUAUGAAUGUGAAUCAGCUCCUUCUCAAAGUGAAAAGGUGUUAAUUUUGGGUGGCGGACCAAACCGAAUCGGUCAGGGUAUCGAGUUUGAUUACUGCUGCUGCCAUGCCUCAUUCGCUCUUCGGGAGGCUGGAUAUGAAACAAUCAUGAUGAACUCAAACCCGGAGACAGUUUCAACGGAUUAUGACACGAGCGAUCGUCUAUACUUCGAACCUCUUACGGUCGAGGAUGUCUUGAAUAUCAUUGACUUAGAGCGACCAUCUGGAAUAAUCAUACAGUUUGGAGGACAAACACCUCUCAAGCUGGCACUACCCAUACAGCAGUACUUGGAUGAGCAUAAACCCGUCUGCUCAGGUGGAACCGGGCACGUACGAAUAUUGGGAACAUCGCCUGAUUCAAUCGAUGCUGCUGAGGACAGAGAGAGGUUUAACGCGAUCCUGAAGGAGCUGGGGAUUGAACAGCCAAAAGGAGGAAUAGCCAAGAGUGAAGCUGAUGCCCUAUCCAUUGCUGCAGACAUAGGCUACCCAGUCGUUGUCCGGCCUUCGUAUGUGUUAGGCGGGCGGGCUAUGGAGAUUGUUUACAGUGACGACAAACUCAUUACCUAUCUUGAAAAUGCUGUUGAAGUUGACCCGGAACGUCCCGUCUUGGUUGAUAAGUAUCUAUCUGACGCUUGUGAGAUUGAUGUCGAUGCUCUUGCAGACUCAGACGGGAAUGUGGUCAUCGGCGGGAUCAUGGAACACAUUGAGCAGGCCGGUGUUCAUUCGGGUGACUCAGCCUGCUUGCUUCCAACAAAGACCAUUGCGGCCACCUGCUUGGAAACGAUCCGUUCAUGGACUACAAAGCUGGCAAAACGACUCAGCGUGUGUGGGCUAAUGAAUUGCCAGUACGCAAUCACGGCAUCUGGGGGUGUCUUCCUGCUUGAGGCGAACCCCCGUGCAUCUCGUACUGUGCCAUUUGUGUCGAAAGCGAUUGGGCACCCGUUGGCCAAGUAUGCCUCACUUGUCAUGUCGGGGAGAUCCCUUUCUGACAUUCAGUUCACGAGGGAGGUUAUCCCGGAGCAUGUGUCAGUCAAAGAGGCUGUGCUCCCAUUCGAGAAGUUCCAGGGCUGCGAUAUCAUGCUGGGGCCAGAGAUGCGCAGCACUGGUGAGGUCAUGGGGAUAGACUUUGAGUUCCCGGUUGCGUUUGCCAAGGCGCAGAUCGCAGCAGGCCAGAAACUUCCAGUCUCCGGUACCGUGUUCCUCAGUCUGAAUGACCUGACAAAAUCACAACUCCCCGUCAUAGCGAGGGCCUUUUUGGAUCUUGGCUUCAGGAUCAUAUCAACGUCAGGGACAGCAAAAAUGCUGCAGUUGGAGGGUAUCCCAGUGGAGCGGGUUCUUAAAAUGCACGAGGGACGGCCCCAUGCUGGGGACAUGAUUGCCAACGGCCAGAUCCAGCUGAUGGUAAUUACAAGCUCAGAUGACUCGCUUGAUCAGAUAGAUGGCCGGCAGCUGAGGAGAAUGGCACUCGCAUACAAGGUCCCAAUCAUAACGACUGUUGCCGGAGCAUUGGCAAGUGCAGAAGCUAUAAAGAGCAUGAAGUGCAGCCCUGUAAAAAUGAUAGCUUUGCAGGAUUUCUUCAAUGUUGUACCAAAGGCAGGAGAUCAACAAAGCUUGCAGCACGCAUCGUCUUCGGCCUUUUGAUUUCCUCUCCCAUGCCUUGCAUGAGUGUGAUGCUAGUAAUCUCCUUUUUCCUGUUUUAGCAUGGUAUUUUAUUUUAAUUAAUUUUGCCCAUCUUGCAGCUGUGUUGAACUCUCUAGGCAGAUUGCUUUUUCUUCUUUCUUUACUUUUUCCUUCUUUGUUUUUCUGAUUUACGCCAUUUUGCUUAAAAUAUGAGAAUUUCGAGCGUCGUUUUCUUCUAUAUUUUCAAGCUCAUUACAGAAAUGUUCCAAGUUCUAGAAUUGUCAUCAAUGCCUAUGAAUAGAAAAUGUUAGUGCAAAAUGCCAUCCCUUUUCUAUUAACUAUCA